AAUGUGGAAAACUCUGGAACGUCAGGGAGUCUCUGUGCGCCUGGCAUGGCUAAAAAGUCUGUCAGCUGUGAUUUUUGUGGAAAAGUUUUUACGAAAGUAUGCAAAAUGAUGAGACAUCGUAGAACACACACAGUCUCGUUUUAGCAGCUCAGUUGUCGUGGCAACAACAGUUGAGGACGGACCUCUUAUGAAGCGUGGCUGUUUUCCUCUGAGAGGAGACCACAGCCUGCUGACCCCCGACACCCUCAUACCGUCGGGGGUCAGGCUUCGAGAACAGGUGUGGUCGGAGGGUGUGCUGUGCCCAUUCAGCGAAGCAGCACGAAUUGGAUCACCUGUAGGAUCAACAAGAAGACGCACCUCGGCAUCUCCAACUCGACGUCUACGGUUUGAGGAUGAGACAGAGAUGGAGGCUGAGUCUCGUUACCUGGAGCGACAGCGGAGGCGGGCGGGACAGCAAGGCACGGCUGUUCUCGUGUCCAAACCAGACCUGAACUUGUAUAUGAAUGGUAUGGCGGGGCUGCAGCACAGGGGGGUGGUUGUUGACAGGCAGCAGCGAGGAGGAACCAUAGUAAGGGUGGUGGGUCACGGUGACCCAUAUGGUGUGACUGCCUUAGGGGGCACAGUCAACAUGGACCACGAUUUCAAUGUAUAUCCACCUUUACCUGAUGAAAGGAGGUGGAGCCUGAACAGGCACCGCCUCAGCCUGCGUACCGAGCCACUUAGAGAGACAUAUAUUGGCUGUGUCACAUGUACCGACACUAACGGGGAAGGAGGCGGGGCUAACAAUAACUCCUCCAUGAAGGUUAAACGAAAGGCCACUCAGGUAAAACAAAAUGGAGCCCAGGUAAAUGUAGUACCACCCACUAUUGAUCUGCCACUCAACCCUUAUUCCUUUAACAAAGAGGCUCUGCCACUUCAGCCCUCAGAUUCUCCCACCAUCAAAUACCCCAACUAUUUGCCUCAUCCUGCUGUGACAUCACCAAUGAUGUCACUGGAUAGGAGGCUCAGUCACACAGGAACGGAUCUGAACCAGAAUCACGAAGAGCAUGUGAGAACUGCAAACACCAAGUCCCACAGAGAGCUCCAAUCUGGUUCAAAGCAGAGGUGCCCCUGUGUGGAGGUGGGAGAUCAGGAUACCGCACUGAGGAAGUUCUCUUCUAACUCCUCCUCCUCAUCAUCAGCAUCAUCAUGGAGAAGCUCUGAGAUGACAGCAGAGGACAAAGCCCCAUCCACCUCCCACAGCAGUGAUGGUCUGGUGAGACAGCCAAUGAGAGCAGAGGCCCAAAGUGAUGAUACCUCAAAUCCUGAACACUUCAGCGUCAGGGAUGAACCUGCUCGUCUGUCUUUGCGUCAUCUUUUCUCCACUGUUAGACUGAGCAGGACUCGUUCCGGCAGCCUCGACCGGCUCAUCUUAAAGCCUUGCCCCCCCAUUCCUGACCACACCCCCACAGAUACCAGGAAGUCCUGCAGCCCUCUAAAGAAGUCUCCAUCUGUUCAGUCACUUUGUGUGGGGUCACCAGUCUUACAGUUAAGGAAAUCAUUGUCAGUCCAGAGUUUUGGAUCUGAACUCAAGAAGAAGAACCGUUCUGCUGACUACAAACCAGCUGCUGACCAGUUGCUGUCUCGAUGUCUCAGUGUUGAGGACAUCAGCCAUCCACGUUCAGCCCGAUCUGUAGGCCGGAUUCUUCAGGUCUGCUCAGAUGGAACGUUUCUGUUGGAGCUCAGCCGGCCAAUGGGCCAAUCGUACGGAUUUAUCAUCAGUCGAGGAAAAGGACGACUUGACUCUGGUGUGUACGUGGAGGACAUGGUGGACACCAGUACUGAGAAGCUGUACGGUGGCCUGCUGGCAGUUGGAGACGAGAUCGUGGAGGUGGACGGGGAGAAGGUGGCCUGUCUCAGUCUGGACCAUGUGAACGAGCUGCUGAUCCAGAACCCAUCUACCACCGUUCGGGUUCUCCGACAUCUUCGGGCAACUCCAACUUCCUGACUGUUAACACAACAGUGUCACAGGAAGUGCUAACAGGAAGAGGAAGUGGCCACCUACUGACCAUCACCAUGGUCGUGACCAUGUGGACCAGGGUGUGGGACUACAGACUGAUGGUUGAUACUUCUUAUUAAUCCCAGCUGAUUCUGUCCGUUUAUUCACAAGUUGAUCUGAAAAAUAUAUAAUUCUGCUGAAAAUC